AUGUGUGCUUGCUUUAUAUAUCACUUUAAGGCCACUUCAUACAUCAAGAAACAUAAGGCGGUUUGGCCGAGUGGUCUAAGGCGAUUGACUAGAAAUCAAUUCUCUUCGGAGGCGCAUGUUCGAAUCAUGCAGCCGUCGGUUCUUUCUUUUUUGCGGGUUGCGGGACCGAUUAGUGGAGGUCGAAUUCCGAAGCCCAUUGGGGAGGAGGAAGAAAGGAAGAUGAAGAACGAAGCCACAUGCUGGGCAAACGGAACCCCCACUAGGAAGAAGAAACAGAAGAUGAACAAUACAGAGUAUAGUGGAGUUAGUUUGUGA